AUGACCGACGACCGGGAUGUCGCCAGCAUUGUGUGCACUCUAUUGAGGCAGAAAUUGGCGCCAGCAAGCAGCCCAGACGUGGCAACGGAAGCAACGGCCGUGCACAGCCCCCUCCAGGAAGGCGCCGGCUUUCGGCACGACCACAUCGAAGCUCCCGGUGGAUGGAUGACUGAAAUUCAAUGCACAGCACAAACCUUGGCCCCAUUCCCGUCGCUGUCUUGUCUCUCUGGCUGGGCCGCCGGCAUUCUCAGCGUGUCAGAGCAAUACUGGCCCUCGUCAAAGAGUUCCUCUUGCGAACCAUCGAUUGGUGUUUGGCUGCUCUCAGCUGUCACCACUACAGUGCUCUCUUCGAGACACGUGUGGCUGGUCCACCAUCAGCACGCCCAGCCUCUUCCUGACUGGACGUCGUGGCGGGAGGAUUACGACGACAUCCGUACACCCUCUCUUUACCAACGAUCGCCCUCGACCCUCUUUAUUCAGAAACUUGAGUAA